CUCUGCUGCCUCCAGAACCAAUGGAUUCUAAGUUGCCUUUACACCACAGGAAAACACAAAAAACCAUGACCUGCUACCUUGUAUUUUGACCAUUAAAUUGAUUCAAGGUCUUCUUUUUCUAUGUUCUCUUUUCCCUUCUCAAUAUCUAUCCAAGAAGAAGAAACACGAAAAUGGCUACUUCUGCAUCUUGUAGUAGUACUGAAUCAGCACUCAUGACAAAAACAUUGCAGGGUAGUAGAAGAAGGUUCAGAGCACCAAUUGGUUUCAGAGUUUCUAUGCCACGUAAACUAAAGCUAUUCAAUAGAAUCCGAGCUUCUAUGGUGGACUCAUCUGAUUUUGUUAGUCGCAUGGAAAAAACCUGGUUAAUCUCCCAGCAACCACGGCCAAUUGUUUGUUCGUCUUGCAACUCAAAGGGGCAUACUGAAUGCAAAUGGUGUGGAGGUACUGGUUUCUUCAUUAUUGGUGACAAAAUGCUCUGUGAAGUUCCAUCGAAAAAUACCAGCUGUAUUAUUUGCAAUGGCAAGGGAUCCAUGUGUUGUUCUAAUUGUCAAGGAACCGGCUUUCGCGCAAAGUGGUUGGAAGAACCUCCAACUUCAAAGUAGCAAAGAUACCAUGGACAAUUAUGAUGCAAAGGAUUGGACUUAAUUAUACAUAGUAAUCUACUCGCUGAUGAUUCAAAGUGCAUUGAAGUGGUUUCAAAACAGGCAUACAACAUUAAGUUGUGAGAUAACAAAGUAAUACAUCAUUAACAUGUGUCUAUGUUUCAUGUCAAGAGGAUUGUAUAACUAACUUAUAAGAGAUGCAGCUAAGCUUCAACAACAGAUUAUAUCUGCAGUGAAAACCAUAUUGUUCUGCUGCUUUUGUUUUGAAUUAUAUAAUGUCUUUUACA